CUACCUUACCUACUAACCUACCAUAAGGUACCCUACCAUUCCUUACCAUACUACUACCGUACAUCCCCAACGCUGAGCUGGCAGCACUUCCCACCUUCAUUCACUCAUCUCACCUUAUCGCACUUUUUCUGCUUUGUUUUUAUUCACAGAGCGCCAUAAGUGAAAGGAGCUCGCGUAACAUACAUAAUCUCUCGUCCCUUUUACGAAAAAGAGAUUUUCUUGUUCCUGCAUCAGUCUUUCCAACAGCCAUUUUCUUUUCCCCACUUCCGUGCGAACGCGCAGCGCAACAAGCUACCUACCUACCUACCUACCUUACCUGAGGUAUCCAAAGCCAAAGCAUCCUUUGCAUUACCACUCUAUUCGACGCUCAAUUUUUUGUACCAUACCUUCUGCUGCCGCCAAGAUGGGUGAAUAUCGUAUCGAGUUAUCCCCCAACAACCGUGCCACGUGCAAGGACACUGAGUGCAAGAAGAACGGUGACAAAGUUGCCAAAGGCACCCUGCGGUUUGGUACCUAUGUCGUCAUCCAGGAGCACGGAGGCUGGACAUGGAAACAUUGGGGAUGUGUCUCUGGCCAACAGCUAGAGAAUGUCCGUGAACUGUGCCAGCAAGGUGAUGGCUCUUUCGAUUGUGACCUCAUCGAUGGUUACGAUGAGCUUGUCGACCACCCUGAAGUGCAAGAGAAGGUCCGCCGCUGUAUCAACCAGGGCUUCAUUGACCCUGAGGAUUUCAAAGGGGACCCAGAGAAGAACAAGCUUGGUGAGAAGGGUAUUCACUUGACUGCAGCACAGAAGAAGAAGAAAGAGGCCGCUGAAGCUGCCGCCACCGACGAUGGAGAGAAGCCCAAGGCCAAAGGCAAGCGUGGGCGCAAGAAGGCCGCUGAUGAUGAGGAGGAUGAGGACGAGCCGCAGCCCAAGAAGGCUCGAACAUCCAAGGCUGCCAAGGCGGAUGAGGAGGAGAAGCCCGCUGCUAAGCCGGCCCGUGGCCGCAAAGCCGCAAAGGUCAAGGAUGAUAGUGAGAAUGAGACUGCUGCAUCUGCUCCUGCUCUUGCUCCAGCUCCUGUUCCUGCUCCUACCAAGAGAGGGCGCAGAACUUCAGCUCAGAGGCCAAAGGAGGAACCCGAUGCUGAGGAGAACCCUGUUCCUGUCAGAAAGGGACGAAAGGCUGCCACUAAGAAGGUCAAGAACGAAAGCGAUGAUGAAGUUCCCGCUCCUGCUCCUGCUCCUGCUCCUUCCAAGAGAGGACGCAGAACUUCGGCUCAGAAGCCAAAGGAGGAAUCCGAUGCUGAGGAGAAACCUGUUCCUGUCAGAAAGGGACGGAAGGCUGCUACCAAGAAGGCGGCUGCCCCUGAGGAGGAAGAUGCUGUGGUUGAGGAAGAGGAGCAAGAGAAGGCCGCACCGAGAACCAAAGCUCGCCGCGGACGCUCCAGCAAAGCUUGAUUGACGCUUUCGUUUCCGACACCGGGUACAGCAUGAGUGCCUAAGCUGUGUAGAUUGCACAGAAGCUUGUGAUGUUUUCAUAUGCCGUCAUUGUUGAGAUAUUGGGAUCGGGUCACUGAAGGAUGGUUACACUUUGUUGAAAAGUCUUUGCGAUUACUAUGACUAGUGGGCAUGGAUCAUUUCGUGGAAGUGGAUGGUUUAGCUAUGCAUACACGAUAUCAGGGCAAGCGAUAAUUGAGACGUUCUAUCAUUGAGGGUUCGUGACGUGGGCGGCUCUGACAAGAAGUUUUUGUUGAACCAAUCAUGGACCUUGAACUCAAGAGAACCGGUGGCAGAGGUCAGCAGACAUGUAUAAACUACUGUUAGUGUAUUUAGUAGAUUGCAGCUCCGCCAACUUCGCAUUCACGUCAAACUGAAAUAGCAACUGAGAAUGGGCCAUGCAUGAUGCUGCCCAGGUGCCAAGUGCCAGGUGCCAGGCUUCUUUGACUCAAAUCCACAAUGGAAACUAACAGACGACUAUUCGGGCUGUCCAGUGGGUGGAUAAUCUCAUGCAGGUCCCAUCAAGGAGCAUUUGCUCAGCUGCCGUCAGGAUAAGACAUGGACUGGCUAGGUAUGUAGGCUGGCUGGCGUUUGUUCCCCACAGACGGCGUGUUUGCGGCUGCGGAGAGCGAGGGGCAGAAAAGCAUCCAUUGCAUCCAUCGAGAUGACGUUACUCGGAAUGACGUCGUCGAUGCAUCACACAUCACGAUGCUGAAUCACUGUUGACUGCCUACAGCGGGGUCCCAACACGAUGGAAUAUAAAUAAACUUCUCUGCACUCAACAGAUGUUCGCCUUCUUCAUCCUCAAGCAUCAACCACAGCCCAACCUCAAAGACACCUCAAGCACUUCAACACCACCAGACAUCACAAUGCCUCGCAACGGAGACGGUUCUUCUGACAACGGCCCUUUUGAGGCUGCCGACCACAACAUCGCCCACGGUGUUGGCAAGCCCGACUCUGACCGUGUCGACCGCGCUGACAAGACCGCUGGCCUCCCCGAGGGCAAGGACGAGCAUGGCCAAGGUCUCCAGGACGCUCCCGCCAGCGGAGGCCAGAGCCAGGGCAUCAAGCAGGGCGGGGAUGUUGGACAGGGCAACUAGAAGCAAAAGUCUUGAUAUCUGAGAGGGAAUGAGAGAACAGAACAGAGGAUGAAAGAUACCUAAUGACUGCAUGGGAAAGUGAGUCAACAACGACCACAACGAAGUGAAUAUAAUGAAAAGAACUACAACAAAUGUUUGUGAGUUCCAUGGUAUUGAUGCUGUGAUUGAUGUCGGCGAAUACGUGAACUCGCCAAGUCUGAUGGAAGCUCAUGACCAGAGAUCAGUAUGACCAAUUGGUGUCGAUGCGGGCCUUGCAAGGUCUUCACGGAUGUGAACAAAUUUGAAUUACACAUCAACAAUUCCAAUGGGUCGAUCGUCCAAGUUUUUGUUACACGAUCCAGGUCCAUUCGGCAUCAUUGCAGUGCUCUCGGCCAAUUGAGUUUCAGAUGGAGGAACCUUACUCCCAGAAAAGCCUAACCCAACAUUGAUCUGCAAGACAUCGAGAUUGAAGAGAUAACCAGCGGGGAAAUCGUUUUCAACCACAGUCACACAGUAUAAUCUACAAUAACAGAGCACGCUGUAACAACAAAACACGAGUGGAUCUUCAGGUUCACUUCAUCGGUCUGGUGGUCUAGUGGUAUGAUUCUCGCUUAGGGAAAACCCUACAGCAUAGCUUGCGAGAGGUCCCGGGUUCAAUCCCCGGCCAGACCCUUAUCUUUUGGUGUUUUAUUCAUGUUGCGUUUUGCUUUUGUGUAUUAUCAUGUAUGUAUGUUCCUUAUUGUUACUUACUACUGACUGAUACGAUGAGUGCCUUCUUUUUAAUAUUACAGUUUUUAAAAACUGGGUAUUAUAGUUUAGGCUUUAUAUUUAAGCCUCUGCUUAUGCUUUUAUGUCUAUCAAGCUUCAAUUAUAUUACAACUUUAUAUAUCCCUUAUUAAUAGCCGCUAAUACUCCAGGAAUAAGUUAUAUAUUUAAGAUAUUAACUCAC